CCGUGACUUGGCAGCUGAAGGAGAGCGCUGCGAGCCUAGUUCGCUAUCCUCAGCGUCUGACCUUACCGGACUGCUCUAUGGGCACCUCCUUGAGCAGGCCAUGCCCCUCCCCCCAUCCCAUGGCUCUGCGGGGUCUGCACCUGCCAGGAGGGCUGGUCCGCCCCCGCUGGGCUCACUGUGGCCGCAGACAACUCUUGGAGGCCAGGGCUCGCCCGGCGGUCAACGCCCCGGGGUCCACUCACAGGCGGUCCUCCAAGUACCCUGCAAGUUGGCAUCCACGCUCCGUCCUAGCAGCUUGGAGAAGGUACUCCGGGACCCUGGCGACGCCGUGCUUUCUUCUGGGGCUUCUUACCUCCUCCUGCAGGUGGGGCUGCCGGCUGAUAUCAGUGCUGUCAGAUGCCAGAUCACAGAUGUCCUGCCUCUGCUGCUCCGAGUCCAUCAUGGACACGGUCACCCCCUGUCUGCUGCAGAAGCGGGUCAUCACUGGGCUGCGGCCCUCAACACCCAGAAAUGACCAUGGUGACUCCACAGCAGAGCAGGUGUGCAGAAAUCCCAGACAGAGCGGCAAAGGGACAGCCCAGAUAGAGACUCACAGAAAGGACCCUAAAGGCACUGAGGCCCCACUGGGGGCAUUUAGGCGCCUGGGGGUCCACGGAGACCUUUCUUCCUUUGUGCCCAGGCCUGGGCCUCUGCUGAGAGCUGUCCCCCAGAAAGAGAGCUCAGAAGACCCAUACAAUAAGAAGUCCCCCAGCUCCCACAGGAGCUCCUGCCCCACUCAAAAUGACAGCAACAGUUCUUACAGUUCCACCAGGGGUUGCCACCCGGUCCAGAAGAAGAGGCGUCUGGCCACAAGUCAGGCCUGGCAGCCCCCGAGGUCCCCCAUAAAAGUCAGCCAAGAGAGCCCCUUGUGUCCUGCCAGAGAGCCUGGACUUUGCCAAAAGAACCAGCCGGAAAAGGCUGCCGAUACCACCACGGGGCAGAAGGCAGCGCAGAGGAACUAUUCAUCCCCAGCUGCCUGUUCCAGGCCCCGAAAACGCAAGCUUCCUCUGCUGCCACACAGGCGAGGGGAGCCUCUGAGGCUGCCAUCACCCUCUGAGCCGGGGUUUCGAGUGACUGUUGAGGACCUGGACCGGGAAAAAAAAGCUGCUUUCCAGCGCAUCCAAGAUGCUCUUCGAGGGGACACAGAGGCCACCUGCAGCUGUGGCCCAGCUAGCCCAUCCAGUGCCUUGACCCUGCCUGCUAGAGUGGCUGCUCCCCUGCCAGCCUCUGACUCCCAGGUCACCUCCAGGGACUGCUCCCGUUCUUCCCAGCCUCUCCUCUUGGGGUCUCACCCUGGCUGCAGUGGGAGCAAAGUUGCAUCUACCCAGGCCCUCUCGAUGCCGUCCGGGAACAUCACAGCUUCAGUCAAAUACCGUCGGGGCUACCUACACUGCCUGGAGGUAGGGGCAACCCAGGAUCCAUUGCCCAGGCCCCACUCAGGGCUGUUGGUGGGCAGUGGUCCGGAGCCAGCACCCUUCAAAUCUCUCCCACGCAUGGACAAUCGGCAGCUCAGGCUCCAGACCCACUCCAGGCCCUGAGCACGGCAGUAGUCCAGCUGUCCUUGGGCAGUGGCAACCAGGUAGGUUAUGUGGUUCCCUUACCCGCAUCUGCGUCCCGGGGGACCCGAGCCAAUGCCCAGCCAGGCUCGGUUACCUCCUCUGCUAUACUCGCCCCUGGCGCAGCUGCUGCCCCUGGCUUGACAGCGGCCCCCCAGUAGCCCAGUGCUGUGUCCCAUACUGGGCCCAAGAGCCAGCACCCCGGCCCCCCAACUGGCACCACAAUGCCAGCCCCCAUCAGCAUGGGGCUUUCAGCAAUACCAACAGUUUUGGGGAGAGGAGAUAAUGUUGCGGUUAUGUACUCCAUUAAGGGCUCUCUGCAUCACAGCAGCAACAAGCAGGGCCCCAAAUGGCCCGCAGGGCUCCAGGGCAAGCCUGGGCCCGAACACAGGACGCUGCCCACGCCAGAGCACCUUGUCGGGGACCGCUGGAGCCAGCACGACAAACCUGCCUGUGUCGGGAGCCCCGAGUUUAACUCCCUUCAGUCACAUCCCAAAUAACAUGAGCAGGAACAGGUCUAGAUCAGACGGCUACAGCACUUCCAGCAAGGCCGCGGGCAGGGACGGGAGCAUCCUGGCCUCUCCUCCUAGUGGCCUCACGUCCCUGGUCAGCAAGGCCCAGAGCAGCCUUGCCACCAAGACCAUCUCAUUCCCUGCCCAGCGACUGAUUAGGUGCAAAAGAGCUGCAACGUGUAACAAGCAAUCUUCCACCACAUUACAGCCCCACUGCCUCUGCCCCUGGCUUGGCAGUUGCGACACACGUACGUGGCACCGUGUCCCAUGCUGGGCAGAACAGCCAGCACCCAGGCCCUCCAACUGGCAUCACAAUGCAGGGCCCCAUCAAUAUGGGGCAUUCAGCAGCACCCGAGUUUGGGGCGAGGAGAUGAUGUUGCCGAUCUGUGCUUCAGAUUAGGAGCACUCUGCAUCGCAGCAGGAACUAGCAGGGCCCCAAGUGGCCCGAGGGCUCCAGGGCCACAGAAAGGACCCUAAAGGCACUGAGGCCCCACAGGGGGCAUUUAGGCGCCUGGGAGUCCACGGAGGCCUUAUUCCUUU